AUGGUCAUCAUUGACAAGUCUGGAGUUCAUUGCCUUGAGGUUCAAUGCUGUGAUUGUCCAAAUGCCAUGAGUCCAGACAUUCAAAUGUUUCAACAUGGAUUUUUCCCCACAUCAUUUAACAAGCCUAAGACUUUGUUCACCUUCAGGGUGCUCAAUGAUUUUAUAUUGGACAACCUGGAAUCCAGCACCUCGGUGAUGAACUAUUACAGCAAGCUCUGGCAAACGACCUCAAGCACACAUCUUGUUCCAGUAAUGCCAAAUCUCUGA